CCCACAUGGAUGUAAGUGAAGCUAGGUGGAGCGAAAUCUAUAUGGCUAGAGUCAGGUUAGGGGACGGCAGCCUUUACCACUCAAGGAGCCAUUUGGACCCGUUUCACACAGUAAAGAAAAGGAGCCACAAAACCCUUUUGAAAUGUUUAAUUAAAUUACAAAGCAUAUAACACGUUUUUUUUGCAACAGAAAUGGACCCGCAGCAGAACCAACGCUCCCCUGCGCUUGUUUUUUUUUUUUUUCCUCACAAAGUACAAAACUUCUGUUGUUCUGGAAAUCAUCCACUCUGCUAAUGUCAGAGUUUUUAUUUUGAAUAAAACUUGGUGCGAGUAAACGCACGUCAUAGUCAGAUUAUUUGAUUCUCAGUCCAUAUAAACGGGACAUUCUGAAUACUUUCUUUUCUUUUAAUCUGAACACAUUUUAAUCACAUCCGGGAAAGUUACGGACGUAAACGAGCUCCCGUCAUUGACCAGCUAACAAGUGUUAUGAAAAUAUAAUCAUAUAUAUUAUAGUGUAGCUUAAAGUAAUACAGAUGAUAACUUUAACCCGGUAACCUAAAGAAAUGGAUGUGUGUGAAAACAAAGGGUGCAUUCAAACUUCAGAUAGAUACCAGGAGCAGGAGGCACAGAGGCCAUAUGACAGUCUUGUGAGUGAUAACGCUGUUAAAAUGUUUGCAUGAUUGUGUAUGUUGUUGCAGUCAAACUCCCAGGAACCAAGCUAGGAGAUAGAUUAUAUUUAAAAGUCAAAGGUUAGGAAACAGAUGUGUGCAGCAGACUGAAUGUCUCAUGUAGGUCCAGCCCCGCUUGGACUGUCUGUGUUAAAAGGGGGGGAACAACGUGUAUGUUUUGAGACAGGCUUCAGACACAGGCAGAGAACUAAGGUAUUCGAUGCUGGGAUAAACGUGUAAGUGUCUCCCACUUUGGAAUUCCAAAUUGUAAUAAAUAUAUGUUUAACAUUUAUUUUUGCCUCUGAAUUCACUGCCUUUUUUCUCUCUGUGCCAAAUCUUCGACCGGGUGAGACGAGAAGGGGGGCCGUUAGCUAAACAGGCCCCACAGGUAUCUCGUUAACUGGCGCCGUGACCCCGGGAUUUGGCUGUGAGUAAAGAGUUUGUUUGAAUAUUGGACACGAAGGAGGACCUUGCCAUAAGCAUCACGGGUCGACCCAAAACAGGUAAGGAGAUUUUUUCUCCAUUGGCAAACCGUUAGUUAUGUAGGCGAAAUUGAGUGGUGCUUUUGGUUUUAGGAAAUCUCUUCUAAAUAGGUUUAAAUAGAAUUUAUGUUGAAACCGAGAAAUGAGAGAAUGAGAGUUAUCUGUAUGUCCACGUCGGAAAACCGUAAAAUAAGAGAAAUAAUAAAAAUAUACAGUUAAAACUUAAAUGUUGAAGCUGUAAAAGAAAAGACAAUAAAAAAUAUAAAAUACAAAGAUAAAACAAAGUCUCGGAAGUUGGUCGCUCCCUCUCCAGGACUGACGAGUCUGGUGAAUUUUAAGACUGAGGUGGAACGUUACCUCGGAGAAAGGAGACUCUCCACAGAAACGUAGCGAUAGGAACGGCCGAGAAUACAUAACCAUCUAAAAGUUGAGGCUAAGACAGCAAGACCUUUAAAGUGAGCUGUAAAAAAGAUAAGAGAUUAAAAAGGGGCCCCAGGAGGACGAUAGAAUUGCUCUCUAACAUCAGAACAGGGUUUCUGAUGUACGACGAUUAGACGCGGAGUUAUUAAAAAAGAACGUUUUCGUCGAGUAGAAGGGUAUUAAAAGGAGACCCUCUGCGCGCGCAAGGCUGUCUGUCUUAAACGUUGUCUGUCCUGGUCGGUUUAACAAUUUUAUUUUGGUUUAAAUGGGAUCCAUGGUGUGAAUGAUCAGAAGCUCCGGUCUGAGUCUGUCUCUGUGUGUGCGCGGCUUCGAAGUCUCUUGUGUGUGUGUGAACGGGUGGUUACGCAUGCGUAUGUGUGGCUGUAAUGGUCUCGCUAUGGUGUCUUGUACCAAAACUAACCAUCAGCCAAACUCCUUUCACACGAGUCAGGAUUACUCAGUUGUUCCUUUAUUUUUACGUAGAAUGGAGUGAAACUGCCAAAAAAAAAACAAACAACUCACAAUGAGCUCAGAAUAGCUAACAGAAGUGCUUUACACACAGUUGCAUACAUUGAAAGUACAAAAACAAUGCAACUUUAGGAUGCUACAAUAAUAAUGAGCUGCAAUGCUACGUAGCAACCUAACAAAUCGUAACAGCCUGCUAAUUAGCAAUGACGUAGCAAAUAACUGAAUCGUCCACAGGUGUCUUCAGAACCAAUUAAACUUAAAUUCAAUAGACAACUUACUUUGCUUCUCAUUUUAACAUAAAUGCUCAUUCUGAAGUAUAAGCUGCUACUCACAGGCGUUGCGUCGAAGAACUUCACCUGGAAUGCGGCGUUCAUAACAGACACGUCUUUUCAUCUGCUCUACCGCUAGCAAACAAAACGUACUAACAUGAAAGCAAAGCAUUUCCUUAAAUGUCCAGCAGAUGGCAGCAGUGCAAGUUCUCGCUCGAGCUGCUCGCGAGAACUUGUCUCAGUCUGUUAACAGGCCUUCUUCCCCGCCUACAGCUUGUCAGAUGACGAAAGCAGGCCCUGAGGAGCAUGCGUUGCACGUCCAGGAACCUGGAGUAAGACCGCCCUCUAGGGGCUGUUCUUCUGUAUCUUCAGAAGACACACAACCAGCAACAGGUUUAAAUCAUGUUGAUCUUAAUAAAACAGGAACUAGAUCACCAGCAGUAUCGACUAAUGUCAAGUUUAAUAACCCACGUUCAUUGGAGCCUGAGGUUAAUGUAAAAAUGUCACUAAAAGGUAUUUGGCAGGAGGAAACGCAUGCUGAAGAAGGCAUGGUUGAUAAUAAUGGGUUAUAUUAUUCUACUGAAGAAGCAGAAUUUGCCAGGAGUCAGAGAACACCACGCACUCGUGGUGUGAGGAAGAAAUUUAAAGGAUAGCUUUCACAGCAUGCAUUCAAUGACAACUCGUUCUCAAGGUCCCACUAGAGUGCAGAUGCCUAUAUUACAAAAUAAUGUGGGCACAGAAAACUAUGUCCCUUAUUCAUUUGGUGAUGUACAAGCCCUGGUGGACAAAUUGCCUAGUAUUGCAGCUGGUGGCAGAUUGUGGCUUGCCGAACUUGAUAAUCUAACUAAAGGAACUAAACUGGCUUUGGGUGAUUUUAUAGCUGUUCAAGGCCAUUGUGUUCCUGCUUCAACUGCAGAUGACAUUGAAUAUGAAGCUCGAACAUCCAAUAUUAGGGAUGAAACUUUAUUCUCAUCAGUUAUCACUCGUUUGGGGAACGCAAUAAGAGAACAUUUCCCAUUAUCAACUCAUGCAGCGGUUCCCAAGUUUGACUGGGAUCCCUUACAGCAUUCAAAGGAUUUCAUUACUCAAGCUGAGGAGAGUUGGAUCAAACACACAGGUGUAAAUCCAAAAGGGGAUAGUUCUAACUUGGGUGAAUUAUUCAGGGAAGCAGUCCUGAAAGGUGUGCCUCCUUUGGUGUCACAGCUGAUGAAACAGAAUCCUGAGAUGCCUGGUUGUGAGUAUGCCCGCUGGGAAAAACAUCUUGUACACCAUUUACACGUUGCUCAGGAUGUAGAGAAGAAGAAAAAACAAGAGAAAGAGGAUAUUCAUGAUCAAUUAAUCAAAUUGCAAUUAUUAGACGCUAAACGGCAGGUGAAUCAACGUAAACAAGAAAAAACUGAACAUGUUAUGGUCUCAGCAGUUGCAUCACCUGGGGCUCCAUCCCCGAUGGUGACACCUCAGUUUAAUCCAAUGCAAGGGGGAGGGAUCCCCCCUCCUGUUUUCUAUCAUCCAUGUAACUACAGAUCUGCGGGUUCUGCGCGUGGAUUCAGAUGGCGAUUUGGUGGACAGCGUGGACGGUCAGGUUGGAGCCGUGGUCUGAGAGGACGAGGUGGAUAUGGCGGACCUGGGAGAGCACCUGUCGACAUUUGCUUUAACUGUGGACAAGUUGGACACUGGGCAAGGGAUUGUCAAUCCCCACCAGGAGAUGAGAUUGUGCCACCAAACCCUAAUAUGGCCCCGCCUCCGCAAGGUCAGUACCCCCAGCACGGGAAAACUUUUAUGGACAAUUUUGACACAUCCCUGAAAAUAACUCCAGCAGCGUGAGUUCUGCAGACCCCAUGCUGCCAGCGAAGGUUGGAGAAGAACACAUGAACUUUUUAGUCGACACUGGAGCUACAUAUUCCACUAUAAUCAAUCAGCCAUCUGCCUCUGUGCUCAGUCGACUAAAACUGUGUUACUAAUAGGUUUCUCAGGGAAGGAACAGUGUCUGCCGUUGACUUUACCACUUCCGGUGAAAGUUGGAAACCAGAAACUGCAUCAUUCAUUCGUAUGGUCUCCUUCUACACCUGUCAAUUUGAUGGGAAGAGACUUGUUGGUUAAACUGGGAGCUGCAGUGCUUUGUGGACCUCAAAGUUUGACUGUUACCUUUCCAGACGGUUCUUCUCUAGCAUGUGGGCACACUUUCCAAGAUGGACAAUAUCUGGUUCGGCCCAUGGGGGAAGAGUUUGCUGACAUCUACUGGGGACUCUUAAUAGAACCUGCUGAAGCUGGUGUUCUCUCGGUGUUCCAGCUGUGGAAGUGUCUGCCAGUGGCAACCAUCUUUCAGUCUGAUUUAUUAAUUAGUCCCAGGCCAAUUAAUAACUACAGUUC